UUUCUUUCAGCUUCCUAGAAAGAAUAGACAGUGUCAGUCUGCCUGAUUACACGCCCACAGAUCAGGAUCUCUUAAGAUGCAGGGUUUUGACUUCUGGGAUUUUUGAGACAAGAUUCCAAGUAGACAAAGUAAAUUUUCACAUGUUUGAUGUAGGUGGUCAGAGAGAUGAAAGAAGAAAAUGGAUCCAGUGCUUUAAUGAUGUCACAGCUAUUAUCUUCGUUGUGGCCUGUAGCAGCUACAAUAUGGUCAUAAGAGAAGACAACAACACAAACAGAUUGCGCGAAUCCUUAGACCUCUUCAAAAGCAUCUGGAACAAUAGGUGGUUACGAACAAUUUCUAUCAUUUUGUUCUUGAACAAACAAGACAUGCUUGCUGAAAAAGUCUUGGCAGGGAAGUCUAAAAUUGAAGAUUAUUUUCCCGAAUUUACACGUUACACUGUACCUGAAGAUGCAACACCAGAUGCAGGAGAAGAUCCCAAAGUUACAAGAGCAAAGUUUUUUAUUCGGGAUGAAUUUUUACGAAUAAGUACGGCAACCGGAGAUGGAAAGCAUUAUUGCUAUCCACAUUUCACGUGUGCAGUUGACACAGAAAAUAUUCGGAGAGUAUUCAAUGAUUGUAGAGACAUCAUUCAGAGAAUGCAUCUUCGCCAGUAUGAACUAUUGUAAUUAAGGACACCAUGGAGUCCGUGGUUUUAAGCAUCUUUCUUUCUUGGCUUCCUCAGAUGAAGUAGAGGAAGAGAUACUAGAUCCAUCUGCCUCCUCAGUUCGUUUACUUUUAUUAGACUUUCUAGCCAGCCCAUGCUUUAGGGACAAUAUGUGUGUUUUAUUUUUAUAUGCCACUUCUUUGUCAUUCCACUGAAGUCUUUGGCUACCUCUGUUUCUUUUGGUUUGGUUGUAAAUUUUUGUUUAUGUUUAAUUAAUUGGACAUAGUCUGCUAAUUUUUUUUCAGCAGACUUGUUAGUUCAAGCUGGUAUCUGCUAGUUAGAUGACACUGUGUCAUACCUAGAAUGUUUUUGGAGGGUUCCUUUUGUGUCAUGACACUGAAGAGUACUUGAUAUACAGAAAGAAAGGGAAUAAUGCACUUUGCUUCAGAAUUAGAAAAUACUGUUGAGGAUGUAUUCAUGCAUGAUGUAGCAGCACUAUGAUAUUUAUUACACUGAGUUUUCAACAAACUGAGUUGCAGGUCAACUGAUGAAGUGACCUCCUCUUCUAAGCCAUUGCUGGCCCAGGAAUAGAGUAGGUAAGCAAUUUUGGGAGGUUUGGAGCUAAGAGUCUCUUUACACCUCAGGCUUUUGAAUUUAGAGCUACUUUUUCAGCCUAUUGCAUUUAGGCAGAAAAUUCACCUUCACAUACCAUAUUUCUUCUGUCCACAAAUGAUUCGAUUAAUUUAGAUCAUUUUUGGACAUCAGUCUUCUAUAAAAAUAUAAAUAUAUAUAUAUAAUAUAUAUAUAUAAUAUAUAAUAUAUAUUUUUUUUGUUUUACUGCUGGUUUAUUAUAUUGUACAGACUGUAAAGUGUAAUAUUAUUUUGUACAAUUUUAUUGAAGAAAAUACUUGUAGAAGAUCUUUGUGCCUUGAUUAUGGCUGUACCUGUAAAAUGAGCUAAGAUGUAAGUAUGUUUUUGAUUGCGCUGUACAGCUUGAUGUCAACUCUACCUACAGCAGUGACUGGAGGUUUGAAAAAAACUCUGUAGAGUUUAGGGAUUUUUUUCUGAUUUAUAUAAAAUGUUCUUUAGUAUAAAAAUUAUAAAUUAUGCAAAUUUUAGUCAUAUUAACUUUCCAAGUAAGUAAUUGCUGCUACUGUAGCAGCAAUAGCCUAUCAUACUCAGCUUUAAAAAUUGAUUUAAGUGCCCAAAUUGCAACCUGGUGUAAGUUUCAUGGGAAUAUCUUGUUUUACCUUUAAAACUAUGUUCAGUAAUUCUUUGGUCAUUCAUAAACCAUUCACAAUUGCAGAUUGUGAAUGUGUAAAGGCACCAUUAGAUAAGGGGUUUUUUUUCAAUCUUUGUUGCAACAGCUGCUUUUAUUGUGCAAAUUGCAAGAAAGAAAAAAGGUAUAAUCCUUGUGUUUGGCCUAAGAGAAUUACAAAAUGACGUAUUUAUUUCUUUUAAUAAACAGAUCUUAGAAAAUGGUUUAAUUUUAAAUAUUGUAGAAUCAUAAUGUUUUUUCAAACUUGAAUAAUUUAUGCAAAUGACAUUCACAAAAUAAGUUGUGGUACAGUUUAGCAUAAAAGCAAGAAUUGGUGUAGCAAUAAGGCAUGCCUUUCUCGGUAACUAUGAAAUUGUUUUAUAUUUUAUACAUAGGCAUUAUGUCAGAGUACAGUUUCCAGUGCCUGAGAAAAUCUGUACCAAUAUUUAAAAUUUGUAGAUGCAAUAACAAAUUCAGAACUUCAUAGAUUAUAACACUUGGAUUAUCUUUGCCUUUUGCUAUGAAGAUAAAUUACUCUUAAAAUAUUUUGAUGACAUAAUGUGAAACUAUUUUUAAAUUAGGAAGGCAUGUUUAUUGCAUAUAUAACCCCAGAUCACUUUUAGAAACUGAGAAACAAUUGUAUCUCUGCAAAAGAAUUGGGCUAGUAAUCUGUCAAGAUAUUCUGAUUUUGAAGCAUUUUAGAUCCACUCUGAAACUGGUACUUUGACAUACUGUAUUCAGUCACAACCUUGUUAUGUUUCCAAGAUGAUUGAAAGACACUUAUUUUGAUAUGAUGAAGACAUACCAGUCUAAAGAUUCAUAUUUCCUCUAAAGACAAAGCAGUGAAAAUGUAAAGUACUGCCUGUUGUUGUUUUUUUUUAAAGGAUGGUUCUGUUAUUGAAAGGAAUGGGGUAGAUUAUUAUAAUUGUUUGCUGCAAAUGUCAGAGAUUAUAUUCAAUCGUUCAGACAAUUAUAAUCUAAUGCCCUCCAAAUAGAUUUUGUUUACAACUUCCAGAACUCUUUCCAGCAUGCCUGGAAAUUUUGAGAUCUGUUGUCUCAAUUCUUAGGUGGGCAACAUGCUGAGGAAGGCUAACCUAAACUCUUCUUUACUGAAUAAAAUUCUCUUUAAAGUUUAUAUAAGUAGAUAAAAAAAACCAAGUCUAUACAUUUCUGCAGCUUAAUUUAUACUGCCUUUUUAAGUUGCAUACUUAAGCACUUUUUUAAUGCUAUUAAUCAGAUAGGACUUAAACAUUUAGGAAUGGUGUGCAAAGUUUUCCAGUAAGGUUUAUUUCUCUUGGGGGGGUGGAAUAGUCAAUCACACAAACUGAGUCAUACCAUAAAAACUCUGUGUGAAUCUAACAGUAGUUGUUUACAUCUUAUUCCAGGGGAAAUGUUCAGCCAAGCUCCAGUCCAUGUGUCCAUGGAUGCAGAGUGCACACCCUUAUUCUGAAUGUGCAAGAGGCUUCUUCUCAGUUUUCUACCUGGUUUGCCAAUACUCUGCAAACUUAAUAGCAAAGGGUUUUUUUGUUGAUGCUGUCACAUGACUACCAUCUAAAACUAUUUACAUCUAAUUUAAAAGUGACUCAUGAGGGUAGAAAAUUAUGUCAGUUAUUAUAAUUAUGUUUUGCUUCUGUUUUGGUAAUACCUUGCUGUAAAAUAACUACAUCUUGUAUUGCUGAUAUCAAGGAAAUGAAGUACCACUUCAGAUGGUCACG